AUGACGUCCUUAAGCCUUGAGUUUCCCAGCUGUUCUGGGUUUGCAGUCAUCGACGGCUAUGUCGUGAAGAUCGAUCCCUCUGCUAAGCAAAAGCAUAGGGUAUAUGCUACAAAUCCCUUUCAAUUCCGAAUGGCAAAGGCAAUCCGUAUGUUUCUCAAAACACAGAACCUGAAGAACAUCUACGAAUACUAUAAGGAGCCUGGUGAUCUUUUCAGUUGUACCUCAAAAACCCUGUUUGAAGUGGUUCCUUGCAUCGUGGUCUCUUUUUACUGGGAUGAAGGUGUAUUCAAAUGCUGCACAAGGUGUGCCAUGCCAAGAGAUCCAAUUACAAACGCGAAGAUUCCUCUUUACUCUUUGAAUGUGAUCCCUCUUUACUACAGUAAAGUUGGCCGAAAGUUCCUAGUGUAUGUGCCUGCGCAUCUCGAGCAAAUGCGCCCGCAACUUCAUUUUAAAACCAUUCCGCUCUUAGGCGACGAGGUUGCUAGACCCUCACCGUACCAAAACCAGGAGCUGGCUUCCGAAAAACUCAAUACCAUCUUGAAGAACGUUUUCAUGGCUGAUACUUUCCAUUUUGAUAAUCGGUCAGACUCCAAGAUACUCGAGCGUCUUCACAUAGUAAGACAGCACUAUAAGGAUGAGUGUCGCCAGAUAUUCACAAAAGCUUACCAACUGACCAUGACCCAGCAAAAUUCAAGAUACAUGCGACCUGCCAACUUUUAUAGCCGCAAGGCAGUAUCUCUGGUGAGGAGGUACAAAGCAACCACCAUUGGCGGCUACGCUUCUAGGUUUGCAAACUCCUACUUUUUGCUUCUACAUGCUCACGAAUUGUCUUUCUUUGUAUAUCCAAACAAGGAGUACUUGUCGGAAAGACUCCAGCCCUUGCGCAUCAUAGAGGACAUGCCGUUCAGCAUGGAAAAACUCAAAGCUGUUUCCGCAUUUUCUCGUGACAUGCUCAGUGACCGUGAUGGUCUGGCUGCACUAAUUGAAACUUUGGUAAAACUUAUGGCAUUCAAUUUUUCCGAGUCGGUCGACAACGAUGAAAAGCUUUUCAAGCCAGAACUGAGUAGCAUCAACAUGCUACGCUCCUCGCUCGAUGCUCUCAAGUUUUUUCUCAUCAACACAGCGCUGUGCUAUGACGACGGUGGUGAAACUCUUCCCUUUGGUAGGAAACUUGAGGAAAGAUCUGCUUUGCAUUCCACCAACAUCUGGCUUUAUGUGAACGAAGUGUACAACAAGGUUGUCCAGGAGAGAAUGGUAAUUUCCAAAUAUCGAGUUACGCUGAAAAGACCCGAAGGUGUUGCCGUUGGCGCUAAGGUUUUGGACCGGCAGAAGAUCCGCAACUUUUAUAAAACCAUGCGAAUGCAGUUUGAUGAUUUUUUGUGGAAGCUGCGCGAGUACUUUAGGCUGCCCUCGGUCGAUGAUUUGGCGGUUGAUUUGCUACACUGCAGUGAUAUUUCUCUGAUGGAGAGCCGUUUUGAACCAAAAGGGUCUUUGCUUGACCUUUUCCCUGCCGAGUACCUCCAGAGUUUACUACCUAUGUUUAACCGAUAUGAGGCUUUGUCUGAAGAGCAGCUGAAUGAGAUUCUAGAAAUCAUUGACAAGAUGGUUGAGCCGUUGAUUUGGAUGGUUUAUUUCGGAUGUGGCUACUCUUAUCGAUUUCCAGAGCUCGUGGCAAUUACCUAUGCCGGACGCGACCGCAGUAUUUUCAUCGAUGAAGAAACCAAAUGUCUAAUAUUGUUUACCACCUACAACAAAAACGAGUCCUUCCAACCCCUUACCAAGCGCCUGGAUGCAACCACAUCAAAAUUUCACCUGUUGUACUACAUUGUGAUUUUGCGUCAAAUACAGGUGAACCUACUGGGCCCAGAGUACAGUAUGGAAAAAAGGGACGACUGGCCGGACUUCCAAGGCACGGCAACCGAGUUAUCGCAGUUUGUACUUCACCGAUACGUGUUUGUUAUCACAGGCCGGGAAAGGCUUUACCGUCAGGACAGGUACAAUAGCACUCUACUCAAGGGAAUAGGGCUCAACACUCAGGAGCUACGUCAAGCGAUGGUAGCUAUUAUGCGGAAUUAUGUCAAAUGUGACAGUACCGCUUCAGAGGUGUUCCAUUCUAUGACCCAGGAGCUGAUGUUUGGACAUUCGAUUCGCACUGGACUUGAGAAUUACGGGCUGGAUAAUUUUUCGUUUGGAUCGAUCACCGCUAGCACGGCUACGCAUUUUCAAAGUGUUGCUUCCACUUCAUGGCAUAAGUGGAUAGGGUUUGAUCCAGAGUUUCGUUCCCCGCCAACGAUCAAUGGGUUUCCCACGGACGAUACUAUAAAAGAACUCGAGGGCUAUGUGGAAACAUUGAAAACCGCGUUGGAAAAUAUUCGCAACUGUCCUGCAACCAAACAGUUGCAUAAGCUUCAGGCCGCGGCUCCUGCAGUGGGGCUGUCAGGGUACAUGGCCAGAAGAAAAGCAGCCAGAGUUGGGAUUGCCGAUGCCAUUUCAAUUCAUGAUUUGAGCAGCAUGGGUGACUGGCCGGAACUAGCGCAGUAA